AUGGCAAGUUGCGGGGGCGACUUCGAUGCGCUAAAUGACGCCGCGGGACAUUCGGCGAGCGUUCGAAGUUUUCGCGGCGCCAUUAAUAAUAGCGGCACUAUCGGCGUUGGAGGUCAAAAAUCAAUAGAAUCAAUCGAAAUGCAAAUCGGUGGGCCGGGAAGCACAUGGCGCGCGUUCAUUUGCCGUCUAAAUAAUUCAAUGGCACAAACGAGACGCGAGAAGGAAGUGCGCCGAUGGAGGUGCAGGAAGCGGAGUGGCUGGCGCCAGAAUGAGAAUGUCGCCGACAAGGCGAGUCAUGCCGGCAACAGG